AUGAGUUCUUAUUUUCUAAACUCGUUCGCAGGGCGCUAUCCAAAUGGCUCCGACUAUCAGUUGCUAAAUUAUGGGACUAACGGCGCUAUGAACGCUUCGUACAGGGACACCGCAACCAUGCAUUCAGGCUCCUUCGGUUAUAACUACAAUGGAAUGGACCUAAGUGUAAAUCGCUCAAACGGCAAUGGGCACUUCGGGGCUGCUGGAGAUAAUUCCCGUAGUUUCCAGAACGCGGGCCCGGAUACCCGGUACAGACCACCGAGCUGCUCGCUCGCUUCUCCAGAUCCCCUGCCUUGUGCCAACAACGAGACCCUGGAUCUGAAGGGAUCCUCUACCCCGUCUGACCAGAGCACAGUCACAGGCAACAACCUAAAAAACAGCAGCAGUCUUACCAACAACAGUAGCACACAGUUUGCUGAAAUAGAAGAGACCAGCGUGUCCUCCGAGCCCGAGGAAAGCGCACACGCUGCCAACACCACUCCACGGACGCAGAAACAAGAAUCUAUCGCCUCAUCAACUACAACACCCAGCGAUGGGCAAACGCCUCAAAUAUUCCCUUGGAUGAGGAAACUGCACAUUAGCCAUGAUAUGACUGGACCGGAUGGAAAACGGGCCCGAACCGCGUACACCCGGUACCAGACCCUUGAGCUGGAGAAAGAGUUCCAUUUCAAUAGGUAUCUAACCCGGAGGAGGAGGAUAGAGAUAGCCCACGCGCUGUGCCUCUCGGAGAGGCAAAUUAAGAUUUGGUUCCAGAAUCGCAGGAUGAAAUGGAAGAAGGACAACAAACUGAAAAGCAUGAGUCUUGCUACUGCCGGUAGCGCUUUCCAGAACUGACAGUCGUAUUGUGGAGUUAAAAUCCCCAAUGAUAUUGCAGACUGCCCUGCACUCAUCGGCAUGUUGUGAUCAUUAGACGACAUACAAUUUCAAUGUGGUCCUGAUGAUGCACACAUAGUGUUGUCGUUAAGUAUUCUCAUCAUAGCUCUUAUGAUUUAAAAAUGAAGCCACAAUAGCAUAAAUAUUGUCAUAUAUAGUGCAAAUGUCAUGUGCCAGGUUUAUACUUUCGUGCAGUAAGCAUGUCCUAUGUGAGACCUUAAUUGUGUGUAACGUAUUCACAGUUUAUCAGUUGUACAGUGUACAGUCUUACAUCUCAUACUACUUUGCCGCUAAAGAAAUGAAUGAAAAUUAAGAUAACUUCUAUGAGCCGCCGCAAAGCUUACGUAGAAACUGCAGUAUGAUACAGUCUCGAUGUUUCUGUGAUGUUCAAUGCUUAUAUGAGCAUAUCAUUCAUUUCCUCAGUCAGAAAACGCCGUAUAGGUACAAGAUAUCUUCCCAUCAAAUACAUUUGUGUAGUAAAUAUUUUGCAAUGCAGUAAUGACCUUGGCCAAAUGUUUCCAUUAAGGAAUUAAAUGUGUUUCAAAGGUUUAUUGUGACCAAUAUGUUAUUUGUAGGCCUAUAGUGCGCAAAGUGAAUGGUGAAUGUUUUGUGAUGACAAAAGUCAUGUUUAAAAGUCUUUUUGGCGAUAGGGUCUUUGUAUUUGUAUCUUAAGAUUAGUUAAGCUAACUUAGUUUGGAAAAAAAUAA